AUGCAAUCACUUUCUAUACUGUCGCCCUCUUGCCUCCCGCCAUUGUUUGCCGGUGGAAACGUCACUAGAACGCCGACGAACCUCCGAUUAGCAUCUCUUUCCGUCGCCGGACAUCAUCGGACCAUCAUCCACGGCCACAACCGCAAUCUUCUACGUAUUAUGUCUUCAGCAUCAACUAUAGGUACUGAUUCGGGUAUGGGCACGGGAAGUGCAGUCGGGGCACCGAAAUGGGUACAGAAGACCAUUACCUUACCUCGGCAGAGUCGAGGCUGUCAUCUGAUCACCUCAAAGAUUUUGAAGGAGAUUGGGCAAGAAUUGUCGGGGUUCAAAUGUGGUCUUGCACAUUUCUUCUUGCAGCAUACUAGUGCUUCCUUGACCAUAAAUGAGAAUUAUGAUUCCGAUGUUCGAGAUGAUACUGAGACCUUUCUGAAUAGGAUCGUCCCGGAGGGACGUUCAGCUCCAUGGAAGCAUACUAUGGAAGGGCCAGAUGACAUGCCUGCUCAUGUUAAGUCGUCAAUGUUUGGUUGCACCCUGACGAUACCAAUUACAAAUGGAAAGCUUAACAUGGGAACUUGGCAGGGUGUGUGGCUUUGUGAACAUCGCGACUCUGCUACCCCUCGCACAAUUGUUGUUACCAUGAAUGGCAUUUAA